AUGGCCCCGGAUCCUGACGAUACCCCGUCUCCAUUCCCAUUGACAGACCUGGAUCGAUCGGUCCUAGCCAUGUCCGAUGCCCAAUUCCAUCCACAUACAUGGGAAGAACUCAAACAGAUCAUUGCCGAGCAUAAUCUCAGCGUCCUGAAGAGAUGGCCCUCCGACUUAAGACGCUAUAUGACAUGGUCGACUGAGACCAGGACGACAUAUGGGAGUGUUCCAAAUUUCGUCAUGGCAGAAAGGCUGAAAUGGACGCCCUUACCGUCCUCAACUCCCGAGACUGGCCCCGAGUUCGCUGUCAAGGAUCCUGUACCAUUCGCACAUCCGGACGACUACAAGAUCUUGCCUAAUGACUGGCCCUAUGGACUUGCCCCUGGCAUCAGACAUCUCAUUGUCUGGUUGAAAACCAGGUUGGAGUCCGAGCCAACGAAAGGCGACAUGACGCCAAAGUCCCGGGAACAGGUCGAAGAAUUUGUCCAGAACACAUUUGUAGAUCGAGUCAAAGACCUGCCUGGUGAAAAGGAAAAGGUCAUGUGGUUCAAAAACUGGAAGGCCUUACAAUCUGUCCCAGGCAUGGAGCAUCUUCAUGUUCUUGUUCGGGACGUUCCCGAAGACAUCAUUCGGGAAUGGACCAACGGAGUUCGACCUCUGAAUUAG